CACGUUUUUCAAUCAUUCUCUCUCUCUCCGCGAUUCACGUUUUCUCAAUCUGUCGGAGAGAGAGAAUCCCCCGGAUAAUUCACAGUCACGAUUCACGUUCUCCGUUAUCUUCAAGAUCGAAUUUUGAUCUUUCUGAGGAAAAAAGUUGGAGAAUUUACUUUAGAGGUGGGUUUUUCGAGACAAGUUUUGUGGAUUUCGAGAUAUAUAUAUAGAGAGAAGGGACAGGUAAAAUGAGUUUUCAAGAUUUAGAGGCGGGAAGAGGAAGAUCGUUAGCUUCUUCGAGGAACAUCAAUGGAGGUCGACAAGACACGACGCAAGCAGUAGCUUCCGGUAUAUUUCAGAUUAACACAAGUGUUUCCACCUUCCAACGUCUCGUCAACACUCUCGGUACUCCCAAAGACACGCCGGAGCUCCGAGAGAAGCUGCACAAGACAAGACUACAUAUCGGACAGCUAGUGAAAGACACAUCAGCUAAACUUAAAGAAGCUAGUGAAACUGAUCAUCAAAGAGGUGUAAAUCCAAAGAAGAAGAUUGUGGAUGCUAAGCUUGCAAAAGACUUUCAAGCUGUAUUGAAAGAGUUUCAAAAGGCUCAGCGUCUCGCUGCUGAAAGAGAAACUGUAUAUGCUCCUCUUGUGACCAAGCCAUCUCUUCCAUCUAGCUAUACACCUAGUGAGAUAGAUGUGAAUCCAGAUAAGCAUCCAGAGCAGCAUGCGGUUCUUGUGGAAUCAAAAAGACAAGAACUUGUACUGUUGGAUAAUGAGAUUGCGUUCAAUGAGGCUAUUAUUGAGGAAAGAGAGCAAGGGAUACAAGAAAUCCAACAGCAAAUUGGCGAGGUGCACGAAAUCUUCAAAGACUUGGCAGUGUUGGUACAUGAUCAAGGAACCAUGAUUGAUGAUAUUGGAACUCACAUCGAUAACUCCCACGCGGCAACUGCACAAGGAAAAUCCCAUCUCGCAAAAGCCUCAAAGACACAAAAAUCGAAUUCUUCUCUGACGUGCUUGCUCUUGGUGAUUUUUGGUAUCGUGCUCCUGAUUGUUAUUAUAGUGCUCGGGGUUUGAUUUUCCAGAACUCAGGAAACCAUGGAAAAGUGCUUCAACAUCAAUCAAGAAACAUCAAUGAGUGUAUGUUUGUCACUUCAAGGCUCUUUUUGUUCCUCCCAUUCAGUCUGUUGGACUGGAAUACUUUCUUUCGUCUUUUCUUAUCAAGUAUAUAGAGCAGUUCGAUUUGGUUUGCUUUGGUUUUGGUUUGGUUUGAGGGCGUCUGAGUGUUUGUUUUGUAAGAGUGUGUUAUUGCUUUGUCUCUGUAAUAUAUUUUGUUGCAGACCAGAGUCGAUGUGAAAGGGAAAAUCAUCUAUUUUUUGUGUUUUCUUAAAA